AAGAAGAGCAGGCGAUCAAGAAAGCAACUUGUUUCUGCAGCAAGAAACUCAUCCCCAGGCAUCAUGAAGACUCUGACUCUGCUCUCCAUCUGUGCUCUUCUGUCAGUGUGCUGGUCCAUGGGAGCUGUGGAACCAGAGGUGGUCGUGGACCCUGAUUACGACAUGGGUGCUGAUGCUGACACGGAUGCUGAUGCUGACACGGAGGCUGAUGCUGCACCUACUGCACCUGCCGAUUCCUCCUCCUCCUCUGAGUCCGACUCCAACUCUUCCUCCGACUCCUCAGUAUCCGAUUCCAACUCAGGCGCUGACUCGUCGGCCUCCAAUUCAUCCUCCUCUUCCUCGGAAUCCUCUGAGUCGUCAUCGUCUGAGUCCUCCGAAUCCUCCUCCUCCGAGUCCAAUUCUUCCCCUGACUCGUCUUCCUCCUCUUCCUCUUCCUCCUCAUCCUCAUCGGAGUCAGCUAGCACUGAGGCUCCUCCAGUGGUGAUGAAGAGAGACCUGGCUGCUGUUCUCCUGAGGAGAAGGAGAGCGACAGGACCCCUCACCCCUCUGCAGCUGGAAAGCCUGCAGGAGGUGUGUGAGUUGAGCGUGGCCUGUGACGAGAUGUCUGAGACCGCGGGGAUCGUGGCUGCGUACACCGCCUACUAUGGACCUGUCCCCUUCUAAGUUCAAGACUUUUUCUUUUCAUCCAUGUGUGGAGUUUUCUUUGUCCUCUUUUGAGAUAAUGGUGCAAUAACCCCCUGAAAUACAAAAAAGGAGCAGACAAUUUAAAAAAGAAUGGGUUCGGUCCGUGUUAUGAUGCUAGAUGGAGAUUUUAUUUAGGCACCGAUCCUUGCAAAUCUGACCAGCAUUAGUUGUCCAGUAUGAAAAAAGGCGUCUUCCAGGCUUUUAGAGAGAGGCACAUGGAAACACGAGUCUGUGAAGUAUAUGCAGACACCAACAAGAAUUUUAAAUAUUCUUCUCAUUUCUCGGGUAAAAAUAAAUAAAUGGUGCUACGAAUGCAAAUGUAUUGUAUGUUAAUAUGUCAAUGUUUUUAUAUCAUGCUUUUAAUUUUACACGUAGUAGUUGUAGUGAGUAGUGGAUGUAGUAACUACUUCUUAGAGGUACGGCAGUUUUUAGAUGUAUUAUGUAUUGAUAGUGGUAGUGUACAGUGGUUGUUAA